AUGGCACCCAUACAGGCAUCUCAGAUUGUGUCUUGGAGGGCCAUUGCAGCUAAAUGUAACCAUCUGGUCCAAUAUGUCACCUUCACAUAUGGUGUCUGUGAUAUGACAAUGACACCCAUACAGGCAUCUCAGAUUGUGUCUUGGAGGGCCAUUGCAGCUAAAUGUAACCAUCUGGUCCAAUAUGUCACCUUCACAUAUGGUGUCUGUGAUAGUAAGCCUAGCUGGUUAUAUCUUAAAGGCUCCUACAUGAAAUGCAACAGGAAUAUGGAGGUAGCGUUCAUGGUUUGCGCCAUCAAUCCGUCUCUAGAUCUGCACACUGACAGCACAGAGUUACUCCAGCUCCAGCAAAGGCUGUUAUGGCUGCUGUAUGAUCGAGGGGAUUUGGAGAGGUAUCCUAUGGCAAUGGGCACUUUGGCCGACCUUGAAGAUCAGGAACCAAUGACUGGCAAGGAAAGCCCUCUCUCCAUUCACCUAAAGGCUGUCGAGUCGGCUAAAAAAUAUUACAACAACGAGCACAUAUACCCUUUCAUGUAUCUAGCAGGGUAUUAUUAUAGGCACAAAAAUGUCCAAGAGGCUUUGGGUUCCUGGUCAGAGGCUGCUUCAGUAAUGCAAGAUUACAACUACUGCAGAGAGGAUGAGGAGAUCUAUAAGGAGUUUUUUGACAUCGCUAAUGAUGUCGUUCCCACCCUUCUUAAAGAGACAGCAGCUGGUGCUGAAAGUGGUGGCGAAGGGGCUGAUGAAACGGAAAAGGAGGACCAGCCAAGACAGGUAGCUGCUUUGUCUGCCCUUCAGGACCCAGAAUGCUUUGCUCACUUACUUCGGUUCUAUGAUGGUAUUUGUAAAUGGGAAGAAGGAAGUCCCACGCCAGUGCUUCAUGUAGGCUGGGCCACCUACCUGGUUCAGUCCCUUAGUCGCUUUGAUGCGCAGAUCAGGCAAAAAGUGUCAAUCAUCACCAAAGAUGCAGAACCAGUGGAUGACGAUGACCAAUCCAGUGAAGACCUGCGUGAGGGGCGUAGACGUGUCCCGAGGCGAGAAUCCAAGUUAGAUGAACAAGCAGGACCAUCAUCUCCAUGUGCAGCAUUGCCUGCUCAAAAUCCAGUGCCCAAAAAGGUGGGUGGAGAAGGAGGACGCAGACGUUCCUCUGCUGGAACUCGAGGUAAAGAGUCUGAUGGAAAAAAUGAGCCCUCAUCCCCAAGUCCCACACCUUCUCCUACCCAGCCACCCAUAGUGCAGGGAGGGCCGGUGGUGGUUUUCCACAGUGAGAAGAUGAAGGGUAUGAAGGAGCUGCUCUCUGCGGCCAAGAUCAACUCUAGUGCCAUUAAACUGCAGCUCACGGCCCAGUCCCAAGUGCAGAUGAAGAGACAGAAACCCACACCUUCUGGAGAUUACACCUUGUCCUUCAUGAAACGCCCUCGCAAAACUCUUUAAAAUGACACAUUUAGAGUGUUUUGUUUUUUUUCUUUUACAUGUUCACCUGGAGUGAAGUUCAUUCGUUUACUUGCAAAUUGACUCUUAUCAAAUAUUUUGAUAAGCUGAUGCUGAGUUGAAUUAAAACUAUUACAAGUUGGAGUCAGAAAACCUAUCAUGCACCAGCAAUUAUGCUUUUUUAUUUUAUAGUGUAAAGUAAUUUUAAUGAUUUGCCUUAAUUUUGUAUUAUUACAAUAAGUUCUAUUAGAUAGAAUCCAAAUUACAACAAGCCAAAGUGAUUCUCUUUUGUUUGAUCAGGAUUUUAGAAAAGAUGCUAUUUUAUUUUCAGCUAACAUUUUGUCUGCAAUACAAUGAACAUGUAUUUGCUUCACAAGUCUAAUGUGUUGAAAAUAAAAUGCUGUUUUCAACCUAUAUACAUGUAGGUCUUGCACUUGUUUUGUUAUUGUCCACAUAACUGCUGGGUUUCAUAUGUGGUCUCAAGGUUAUAGAGUCAGUAAGUAUCCUUUUGAAAAAUGCUGUGCUUCAGUUAAAAAACUAUUUUCUUGAUUAUGAAAGUGUUUUCCUCUAAAUAAACAA